UCUACCUGAUCUACAGCCUGUUGUCCUUUUCACUGAGAAACACGUUAAGAAAUAUGAAGGCGUUUGUGGUGUUUGCAUUUGCAUCGGUGGCGCUUUCCGCCCCGCGAAAGUGCGACAUACGAGCGGUCGAUCAAUGUCUUGGAAGAGCCCUACCUUUUGCCAACAACAGCAUGUUCCAGGACUUCGAGCAGAAAUGUAUGAAGGGUCGUGAGGGAGUCAACUGUCUCGUGGACUACGCCAAGGCUGAAUGUUUGAAGGGGGAUGCCCUCAAUGCUCUAAAACUCCUUCUGUCAGGCACUGCUAGCGAAUGUGCCCUCACUUGUCAACCGGGAACUGAUAAUUAUGACGCCUACUUCAAAUAUAUGGGGUGCUCUAAUAAGUACGGUGAACUAAUUCACAAAUGCAUGCGAAAGGCCACCGCUUAUAUUGAGGCUGCGGCCAUCUCCGGUGGAUCUUUUCGAGGCUCUCUAACCUGCUGCGCGUUUGACUGCCUGUCAACUUGCUUGGGAGAAGCUGCUGAAAAGCAGUGUCCUGAACAGAUCGGCGCCAAGGAUUAUUUCCAAGGUGUCGUCAAAUCUGUUUCUGGUAAAUUUAUUGCGGCUCAGUGUGGCGCUUACCAGCUGGGAGCACCCGAAUGCAAGAAGCUUCCCGAAUUAACUAUCGGUGAGCCGAAGUACACAACGAUUUACGGUCCUCUGCUUGAGUUCCUUAGCUUACAGUAAACGAGAUUUGAGAGGAAAGAUGCGUGAGGGUGACACGUCAAAAGGCACGUAUAAUUUAUUAGUAAUAAUAUUAAAAUAAAUUACGCCCUGUAAUA